UUAAAACCUUCAUUUUCUUAGAUCGUAUGCCUCACACAGAUAACCACUUCAAUUUUCUUUGAUCGCAUGAUUGUUACAAAUUACUUGGUGUUUUUGUUAUGUACUGAUUGCAGUUUGUCUCUGUUUUUCUUAGUUUAAUUUUCGAUUUGUAGUUAACGAUUGAAUCAUGAAAUCUCAUGAACCAAUAUGUUGAGGUACUCGCGUCACUUUUCACAAUGCAUCGAUAUGGCGAAGAGUUUGCCACACUGCAUGGAGGUGCAGAGGCAUGAGACGGUUCACACAAACAUGCGGCCUCACCUUCGCCAACCACCCCAACCGAGCCAACUAUGUGAUCCUUCGCCGUGUCAUCUACCCUUGCACUUGCAGUUCCACCCUCUUCUGCUCUUCUCAUGCUUCCACUGCUGCAGCUGCAGAUAAUGAUGUUAAUUCUACCUUCACUUGGAAUUCCAUGAUCCGUGGCUGCACGCAAUCUCUUCACCUGAAGGAUGCCCUUCUCUUCUAUCGUCGGAUGAUCCGUCAAUCGGGUGUGCCCGAUUCCUUCACCUUCUCGUUUAUCCUGAGCGCAUGUGCUACUACCAAGCAACUCAAACCUGGACGAGUAAUGCACGGACAGGUUUUGAAGCUUGGCUUUGUGUCCGAUGUUUUCGUGAUGAACAAUUUGCUCCAGUUGUACGUCAAUUGCGAAGGAGCGGAAGUUGCACUCAAAGUGUUUGUGGAAAUACCUCAGCCCGACGUCGUGAGCUACAACACCCUUAUUCAUGGGUGUUUUGCCGAAGGCUUUGUCGAGCGUUCGCGUCAACUUUUUGAAGAAAUGCCCACGAGGAAUUUGAUCUCGUGGAGCACAGUAUUAAAUGGUUACAAGCAAUUGGGAUGCCAUGUAGAAGUUUUGGCGCUUUUUUCCGACCUUCUCAAGAUUGGACAGCCAGAUGCAUACAUUGUGGCCAUUGCCUUGUCUGCCUGUGCAAGUAUGUGCUCUCUUGAAUCUGGUAGGCAGAUUCAUUGUCAUGUUAUUAAGUUUGAACAUCUUGCUUUUGAUGCCUUUGUCCUAAACGGAAUUGUUCAUAUGUAUGCCAAUUGUGGAAGCAUACACGUUGCUUGCAUAAUAUUUGAUGGUCUACUCCAUCGACAUGCUGUUUCUUGGAACGCGUUGAUCGCUGGAUAUGUAAGAUUAGGCUUCCUGGAAAAGGCAGAAAGGCUUCUAAACGAAAUGCCUGACAAAGACGUGAUCUCAUGGUCUGCCUUGAUUUCAGCUUGUCUGCAAGCUGGGUUUUACCAGGAAGCGCUGAUGGUAUACAGAGAGAUGAGAACCACUAGUAUCCGACCAAACGAGAUUACCAUUGCCAGUGUGUUGUCAUCAUGCACUAGAUUGAUGGAAGUUCUUGAAGGCGAGAAAAUCCAUGCUUAUGUUAUCAAGUGUGGUUUGGAAGACGAUAAACUGCAUAACAGUUUGGUUCAUUUUUACUCUGGGUGCGGGCUGAUGGAUAAGGCAUUGAGACUGUUUAAGGAGAAUGAAACAGUUGUGGGAUGUUGUUCUUUGGUAGUGGGUUUCUGUAGGUGCGGAUCGGUGGACCAUGCCCGAAGAUUAUUUAACAGAAUGACUGAAAGGGACCUGGUUUCUUGGAAUGCUAUGGUUUUUGGGUACUCGCAGAGCAGGAGACUUAAAGAGGCUUUUGAACUCUUCGCCGAGAUGCAAAUGACAGAGGCUGAGCCAGAUGAUGCCACUUUGUUAAGCUUGAUGGUGGGGUGUGCAGACUUUGCAGCAUUACGUCAGGGCGAAUCACUUCAUGCGUACAUGCACAAGAAAGGGAUUGAGCUGAAGUGCAGUCUUGGUGCUGCGGUUGUGGACAUGUAUGCUCGUUGUGGAAGCAUGGACACUGCAUUUGGCAUCUUCCAUGGGAUGAAAACAAAAAGCAGUUCUGCGUGGAAUGCUUUGAUCCGUGGACUGGCCCUCAAUGGAUGUGAGAAGGAGGCAUUGAACGUGUUUACAGAGAUGCAGCAGUUACAGGUCGCACCAGAUAGUUUCACGUUCCUUGCUUUGCUUACUGCAUGUCGCCAUGCAGGCUGGUUGGAUGCUGCAUGGCACUUUUUCAAUUGCAUGAGGACAGUCCAUCGAAUUAAGCCAAGUCUUGCUCACUAUGGAUGCAUGGUAGUCCUUCUUGGUCAAGCUGGCAAUUUGAUUGAGGCAGAGGAGCUGAUUCUCAAUAUGCCAAUGAAGCCUGCAAUCUCAACAUGGGGAGCACUUUUAUUUGCAUGCAGGAGCCAUAGAAAUGUUGAGGUCGGAGAGCGCAUAGUUCAGCAGAUACUGGAGCUUGAUCCAGGGAAUACUGAUUGUCAAUUGCUACUGGCUAACAUCUAUGCCGAAGCUGGGAAAUGGGAGAGAGCUGUAAAUGUAAGGAAGAGGAUGAAGGAGCUCAGGGGAGGCCAACGCACUCCAGGAUCAAGCUCAAUUCAUGUGGUUGACGAUGGCAGGUUCUGACGUGAGAGAGCGUCAGAGAGAUAUUUCUUCUUAAACCAUGAAAAUAUUAUGGAAUAUCCUUUUCAACUACGGAAGCAACAAAUAUACAAGUCAUAUACACAAAAGCCAUCUCUGAUCAAAAUGGACGUAGCUCUCUUUCUCUUCGUGCAUGUAAUAUAUGGAGCCACUGCAUUAGAUGCUACAUAUCUGGAGAGGAAAAUAUCUGCAGCUUCUAGACCACCAACGCCCUUAAUUCUGUCUGGAUCAAGAACAUGGUGUUAUCCCCUUUUAAAGAGCAGGUCCGGAUCAGAAAGCCAGAACUUGUUCUCAGCCUAUCUUGGAUGUGCAUGUCUGUGAUGAAAAGAGAACUGCCAGCCUGCCAGUGCCUCAGUCAUCAUUCUUUCAAUUUCUAGUUGGAGAAACUGGAACAGCUACAGCUAUGAUUCUUUCAAGGGAAGGCCAUUGAUGGGGGAAGCCUUAAGUGCAUGACGUAAUCAACAUCAUCAACCAUCCAGCAGUUCUUGCGAUAAUGGGAUUAGAAAGCAAGAAAGCUCAUGCAGCUAUUUGAAGCCAGCUGUGGCAGAGAGACAUAUCUGGACGCUUGGCACUUUCAAGCUAGACUGAACCAUGACUAAAAGUUGAGGUUUGAUCAAUUGCAUCCAUUCUUCAAAGGAAGCACAUAAAAUUUCGCAGUUGAGAAGCUUGUAUACGUGUGCAUCCAAUUUCUCCACUUAAGAUGGUGGAACUCGAAAGGGGAGAAUCCUGGAAGACCACUUGCAAAAUAAGACUAGUGUAGUAUCACCUGACAGGCUUUUGGCGAAGAUCAAGUGUUGUAUUUGUUCUUAUCAGUUUGAAAUACCAGUUGCAAAAUGGGACUAGUUUAACCAUUUUACAUGUAAAUCAUCUCUCUCCAAAUAUGCUUCUGGUGUUUUCAGUUCUUUAUUUCCCUUUUCAAAUCUAAUUACAAAGGAGAGAAAACCUGGAAGUCCGGUUGCAAAAUGGGACUAAUUUAUUUAUUCUCACAUGUAAGAUUAUACUUCUGGUGUUUUAAGUUCCCUUUUUUCCCAAAUCUUGGACGCAAAAUAUCAAAAAAGUUUGAUGCUUAGAUUUGAUCUUAGAGCUGAAUAACUAAAACAUUAAUUAAAUCCCUUACAAAAUUCACUUUGCACUUCCAAUAUUUGGUGAUUUCAAUUUUGAAUCUUACAAAUUUGGACAUAUGUAUUCAGGCAGUAUGGUAAGAUUUGUGAAAAGGAACACAUAUAAUGUUGAAGCCAAGGCACACAGGCUGCAAGAUCAAAAUGUGUGGCAGGCUUGACGGUCCUCAUAUAUGUAGAGAAUGAGAGAGGGGAAGAGAGUAUCCUAUUGGCUACACCGCUACUCAAUCUCAAUGCCACAAGAAUAGGGCCACGGAAAUGGAAUAGGGAGAGAGACUGUGUGAGGUUGGAGGGAAAAAAAAAAAAAGAACGCUUCUUUUGUUCCAGAUUUUUUUUUGGUCCAUUCUACUAUUUCGACACGAUAUCUGCCUAACCCUCUUUUUACUCUGACAACAUCUACUGUUCGAACGGUGCACUCUUUUCGGCAAGCACCUCACUAUCUCUCCCUCUCUUACUCGCGCUUACGUCAGCUGGCCAUUGCCAGGCUGUCAGGCACAAGCAGUUGUUAUUGCUUGUGGUACCUGGUUCUCUUGUGUCUAUGUUGAACUGUAAUGUGUUCAUGUGCAUCUGUGGAUAAUUUG